AGGUAGAUAACAGCUAAUUGCUAGCCUGUGCAUAAAUGCGUGUCAUCAGCGUAUAUACAGUCUCACACACCAAAGAAGUGAUCCCUGCCAUAUGUCAUGCAUAAUUUUUUUUCCACUUUUUCGUCUAAAGAACGAGUAACUACUAAUACCAAGUUGGUGCCACGAUUUUGUAGUCUCCGAUCAUCCCCUGGUCUCUCCGCGAUAUCCCCACGCUUUCAACUUUUUCUUGGCACGUAUACAUAUAAACAGACCCACAUCUGCAAUCUCAACCACAACCUCUCUAUAUCAAUAUCCCCACCCUUCUUAAAAUUCACUAAGUCCUUAAAAUCUCCACAUUCUAGCUUACCUAUAUAUGUAAUAUGGCUGAUGACCAUAACAACUCACCUACGCAACAACGUCGACUAGACCAACCCUUUCAGCCACCAGUGCCAGCCCUUGACACUCCCCAUCCUCCCACCGAGCAGUACCCAUUGGACCAAGUCCAACAUUCGCAACCUAUUCACACGUGUGAAUCUCCCUCAGCUAAGCCACUUCAAUCUCCAAAGCCCGCCAUGGCCUCGAGUUCUUCAAGCAGACACCCAAUCUAUCGUGGAAUUCGGAGCCGUAGCGGCAAGUGGGUCUCGGAAAUCCGAGAGCCACGCAAGACCACACGUAUAUGGCUGGGCACGUUCUCCACCCCGGAGAUGGCCGCUGCCGCCUAUGAUGUGGCCGCGCUAGCACUAAAAGGUGGCGAUGCAGUUCUCAAUUUCCCUGGGUCAGUUGGUUCGUACCCAGUUCCGGCCUCUACAUCGCCCCUUGACAUACGUAGCGCUGCUGCAGCAGCAGCCGCAUUGAAAAAGGCUGAAUCGAGUGACAAUCAGAGACUCGGGCAGCAGUUCUCACGAAGCGAUGGCAAUACUAUGCAUGAAUCAGGUUUAACAUCUGGGGACGAGUUUUUGGAUGAGGAGGCCAUAUUUGGCAUGCCAAAUCUGCUGGUGGACAUGGCUGAGGGAAUGUUGGUGCCCCCACCGAGAAUAAAUUCAUCGGAUGACUCGCCGGGAGGUUCAGAUGGAGGAGAGAGUUUAUGGAACUAUUUUUGAGAUUGCUCCAGUCAUUCCAGUAAACGUUAUGCAAAAUCUGAAAGUAGAAUAGAAAAGGGAAUAGAAACUACGAAAAUGCCUUUGCACUCCGUCCCGGUCAUCAAAUAUAAAUGAGGUAAUAGAAUUAGGUCGAAGGAAACCAUGAUCACAAGGUUACUGAUAAAUAGGUAAUCAGCACAGUGAUUUUCGAACACGUACGUUAAUAGAGUUUUGGGACGAUAUUGGCCGUAGUGAAUAGAUUUUUGUUUUGCUUGUUUUUGUUUCUGUGUGUAUGUACUUACAGAAGUUGGGUGUUUGCAUCUUUGUGAGAUUAUCUUCUCUCAAUAUUGUGGCAAAUAUUGUUGGAUGACAUAAUUGUUUGCCUCUGUGGGAAUAUAGCUGCCGUGGGCCAUGUUUUCUU